AUGUUAUCGAUAGUUGUCAGCAUUAUUGUGUGCACACACUGCUUGGUCAAAACAAGUAUACAUUGGAAAAUUGUAAACAACAUUAAGAAACACUCACAGUAUAUGAAAAUGGUUAAGAACGAGCCUAACUUUGUGGUGGAGCGUAUAAUCGAUAAGCGCAUUACCGGCGAAGGCAAAGUAGAGUACUUCAUCAAGUGGCGUGGCUACCCGUCGACGGACAACACAUGGGAGCCGGAGGAAAAUUGCGACUGUCCCACGCUGAUCCAACGAUUUGAAGAAUCUCGAGCCAAGUCCAAGAAACGGGGUGAGAAGAAACCCAAAUGCGAGGAGAUUCAGAAGCCGCGCGGCUACGAGCGAGGCCUAGAGCUGGCUGAGAUUGUAGGAGCUACCGACGUCACCGGUGAGAUUAAAUAUUUGGUUCGGUGGCAGUUUUGCGAUGAGUUCGAUUUGGUGCCAAGUGGCCAGCUCUCCGAGAAGGACCCCCAAAUGCUCAUUGCCUACUACCAAAAGAUGGCGCCCUAUAAUAAGCACAUAGCCAAGCGAAUGAAAGGUAUUCCCGAGGAACUACGUUUAAUGGCCUCUCGCACCGCAUAUGCUCACAUCAGUAGCGCGCCCAUGGAAACUCAUCACGAUGUAGAACCCUCGACAUCAAUGGCCAGUCAGUUGCCGCCUAUGGCGGUGGACCAUCAGGUUCAGCAGCUAUCCGACGACCCAGAUCUUGGCAACGUGGGUGUGUCCUACUCCUUUCCUGUGCCGGGAGUUGGACACAUUGCAAUAGACGUACCCUUGACGGAGAACCAAUAACCAAUCAC